ACAGGAACACACCACGCACAUACCGGCACUCUGGUGCUUGUGCCAGCUGAAAGCAGCCGUACACACUCAGAGCUCCUACCUGCUUCUUUCAGUGCAGCUCCUGUAUUCCAGAGAUCCAGUUACGGGAUCUGACUCCGUGUAAACAUCAUGACUGUGGGGCUCUCCAGCUGAAUUACCGGCCGGCUUUUUGUGUAUGAUCACAGCUGGACGGGCGGACGGGGGCCGAACAGACGAGUUGGACGGAGAUCGUUAAGGGGAUCAUAAAGGCUGUCGUGUUGCCGGUAUCUUUGCUGGCUGAUCCACCAGACCUGCUUUUUGGAUACAGCUGCACUGUGGCUGACUGGUGACCCCGAUCCGCAGCCUAACCCCCUUCUGGGCCACUGCUGCGCUGAUAGAGGUGGUCCGUCCGGGCCUGAUGUGGAAUUUGACCCCGACUGACCCUGUCCCACAAGUAGCCUUUCACUGAGCCCGGACUGGGAAAAAGGAAGGAUAAAAGAGCAAGAGGGGCGACGGAGAAGAAAGGAGGAAGAAAGAGAGAGAAGUGAGAGCAGCAGCGCAGCGACCGCUCCUCCAGAAUGCCGGUGGAGACCCUGCGGCCGUCAGACGGCCGUCUGGCCGGAGUUCCCUUCACCUCUGCCAUGCCCUUCAGGAUACUUAACAAGGGUCCAGACUACUUCCGUCGUCAGGCGGAGCCCGGGGCCCGUAAACUGAGCGCCGUCGAGCGCCUGGAGGCUGACAAGGCCAAGUAUGUUAAGAGCCAGCAGGUGGCCCUCACCCGCCAGGCCCCCAUCAAGCCACCAAUCAUCCGCAAGCCCCUCGUUCCUCCAGGGAUGAUGCUGCAGUGCCAGAUCAGCAAUCCCCCGGCCCGCAAAGUUCCCCGCUGCCCAGCUGAAGUGGAGAAUGGAGGAGGGAGAGAGGGACCAGGAGGGAGAAGAGGGCCUGCUCUCAACUUGGAUAUUCUGAAUAAUCUGAUCAAUGAUGUAUGUGAUGGACCAUUGCCCUGUUCCCAGUCGUCUUCCUCCACCUCCCCCUCCUCAUCGUCUCCUUCAUCAGGAGCUAAGAGCAUCAGCAGUAGCCUGUCAGCAGAACAGGAGAGGAGCAACCGAGUUCUCAACAACCUCAAACCUUUGACACCUUUGACUCAUGGCACGACCAAUUCUUCAUCCACCUCUUCCUGCACUUCCUCUCCACUCAACAACAACCUCCGGACCCCUGCAGCAGAACUCACCCGACGUCCGCCCCCUAUCCCAGCACGAGCUCCGCGCAUUGGGGUUCCAGCGCCCUACAGCUCCCCAAACUCAGUGACAGUGCGUAGGGUGGAUGUUCGGCCUCAGGCUGAGAUAAGGAAGCCCCAGAGGGCCCAGCUGCAGCCCCAGCUCAGGCCCAGACAGACUCCCCAGGGCCAAGUUGCACACCCCCAGGUUCCACCACCACCUCCACCUACUCACAGCCAACCCCAAGCCCAUUCUCAGCUCAGCACUCCCUCACAAACCCUGCCCUCCCCUCCAGCCUACCUACCACCCAGUCCCAUGCUGGUUCGAGCGGGCAUGAUCCCACCAGCCUCCCCUGCUUUCACCCGGAUAUCAAACGCCAGCUCCAAGGGGUCUUCCCGUAAGCACCCAUCCUUGCACCGCUCCAAAUCAGACCUGAGCGACCGCUACUCCCGCGCAACUGCCGACCUGGAGCGAUUCUUCAACUACUGCGGGCUGGACCCGGAGGAGGUGGAGGGGAUGGGCGGAGUGGAGCGCUUCACGAGGGCCAACUCGGACAUUGUGUCCAUCUCCAAGCUCCGCAGCGUGAGCACGCCUAGCUCGGAGUGCGGAGACGAGGCUGAGAGGGCGAGGGAGGAUGAGGACGACGAGGACGGGCCAUCUAGAGCCAACGAACGGGUCCCGUACGGCAUCUCCGUCAUCGAGAGGAACGCUCGAGUCAUCAAGUGGCUGUACGGAAUCCGGCAGGCGCGAGAUGCUAACAGCGCUGUCUCUAACGUAUAGACUAAUGGGAACUUGAAAGGACUUGAGAGAAAAAAAAAACAGGAAAGCAGUACUUUUUGUAUGUAUACACUCGUCUGAAGAAGGGAAGCCCAUCUGUUCAUCUUCUGCUGCCUUACAUCACAUUUAUGGAUAAUCCAGUAGUUGUUUUUUCUGUUUCCUGUGAAGAGGAAAAUUUUUUUAUCUGGGCUCCAAGUCGGGGCUGACUCCCUGCAAGACGAUGGACGAUGGACGACACGUUUCCUCUUUCCCUUCACUUGAUCUUAUAACAAUAUUGGUAUAUGAAAGCAAUAACAGACUACAAAUGAUGAUGGUGAGGAUGAAGCCAGCUGAUGUUUGCUAUUGUGGUUCCUCAUGUAAAGGUACUUAAAGUGAGUGUGUGUGUGUGUGUGUGUGUGUGUGUGUGUGUACGUGUGUACGUGUGUACGUGUGUACCAGAGAGCUUGGCAGCACAAAGCCAAAUUGGCUACACACUGCUAGAGAGCUACAGUGUGGUGACUGCUGAGCAAGCCAGCAGGAAGAGAAUCACGUUGAUACUGUGAAACACACAAAAAAAAGCUUCCAUAAACACAUUUGUAUUUUCAAAAAAAACAAAAAAACAACAACAAAAAAAACCUUUGGGCUGUUUGACUGUUAUUACACAAAUUAUUUUGUCAGCAUGUGAGUGGAGCGUUUGUAUGCAUUUACUUUAGAGUAUGUCAUCUCAACGAAGCACACGUAUUACUCUCACACAGGUAAAUCACUUCACGGCACAGAUGGACCUUCAGGUCAGUUACAGUAAAAUACGGCGGAAACUGCAGUUGUCUGGUGGUGUCUGUAUAUCUGACUGUAACGUUGUCAAGGUGUGCGUCUGCAACAGAAACACGAUUUCACGUCUUAGAUUACGCUGCACUGGUGCAGCGGGAGAAAUCUGUUUACUAUGUAUGUCUUGGCACGGAUGAGAGAGCAAGUCAUAUGAUAAGAGAUGAUCUCAUAAGUGGAUGGUUGAAGUAAGUGUAGCAUGAACAGUUAUUUUGCCUCCAGAGAGAUGGAGAGAAAAUCAAAGGAAGACUGGAGAGAGUAUACUCAUGGAUCAAAAAAAAAAAAAGAAUCUAUGGUGUCUGGUUUUCUGAAAGUGUCUCAG